CAUUUAAUUCUUCAGUCGAUGUUUCAGCUUUGUCGACAGUUUCAAAAAUAAUUGUAGUUUUGAGAGAGGAACUGAAAGCUCGUUAUUUCAAGGAAGACACUUUAUAAUUCAUUAUCCUGAAUCACAUUUCACAUAUAUUCCGUCUUAAAUUCUUCUACAAUGGAAGGUAAUCAAAUUAUCAAGCUUAACGUUGGAGGUAUUAUAUACCACACAACGAAAAACACUCUCUUGUUUGAGCACGACUCUCUACUCGCCAAGCUCUCAAGAGGUGAAAGUCAACUAGGAUUGAUGUUUACAGGGUCGUUAGAGAAAACUAAUUCUGGCAAAGAAGUCAAUGAAGACGUAGAGAUAUUUAUCGACAGGGAUGGAACGAACUUUAAAUACCUUCUGAAUUAUCUUCGUUCCGGUCAUCUGGUUUUGCCUGAGGAGGAAAAUGUCUUGAGGGAAAUUCUCCUGGAAGCAAAAUAUUACAAUAUCAAGGGUGUCAUAGAUGAGUUAUCCAAGCCUUGUUAUAAAAUCAAAGGAGUUGUACCAAUAUCUGACGAACUGGGCGCAUUUUGGGAAUCUCUGAUUCUGGAUAACGAAAAGAAAAGAUUUCUGGAAAGCUGGUGUGGAGGCGAAGGAAAGAAAUUCAAGCUUUUGUAUCGAGCCACGAGGGACGGUUGGAGUGCAGAUAUUUUUCACUUUCUAUGCGAUAACAAGGCUCCUACGGUAGUCGUUACUAGGAAGGGAAGCAGUGUUUUUGGUGGCUACACGGAGAAAUCCUGGUCAGGAACCGGAAAUAAGACAGAUAAGAAUGCUUUUCUGUUCAGUCUAUCCAACCCGUCAGGUCUUGGCCCUAUCAAAAUCCAACUCAACGAAGGUGAGGAAGAAGACGCCGUAUACUGUCACCCAAGCCAAGGCCCUGUGUUUGGUAAAGGACGUGACUUAGUGAUUUCAGAUCAAGCUAAUGUAAGCCAUUGUAGCAGUCGACUUGAUAACACAUACAAGUGUCCUGCAAACCAAAUUUCCACUCUAUUUUUAGCUGGUACUUUGACCUUCACCCUUGCAGAGCUCGAAGUGUACGAAAUUCUUUCGAUCGCUUAUUGGUUGGAUCAAGAUUAUAUGCGGCGUGGUGAAUAUAACACGUGUUGUUAUUGGUUGGAUUUGACGGUUUACUAUUUUAGCAGGUGUAUUGAUCACACAAAGGCGAAGAGUAUAGUUUGGAUCAGUGAAUUUGAAUUUGGGCGAUUGGUUUCAAAAAAACGCUUCAAAAAUAUGGAGAAAUUAAGAGAAAAAAGACAAGCCAUGCAAGAACAGCUUGAAGAGAUAGAAAAAAGAGAAAUGCUGGCUAAGAAGAAGCUGAAUUGGUUGGAAGAAAUAUCUGGAAAAAAUAAAACUGAGGCGGAGACGCUUCGCCGUAGCUGUAGUCUGACAGAAUACAACUUGGAUAAGACUGAGGAUUUGCUGGACCAGAAAAUAGCAAGUUUAAAAUCAGCUCUAGUGAAGCGAGACAAAGAAGACCAGAUUAUCAAGGUUCUAGAACAGAGAGAUUUAGAGAUUGACGAAGAAAUAUCUCGUUUUGAGCCGAAAGUAAAACAAGCCAUACAUCGAGCCGAUGAGGCAGAAAUGAAAUACCAUGAAGCGGUUCGAAAGCUCUCUUUGGCUGAAUCUGAGAGAAAUAAAGUUAUUGGAAGACGAAACGCAAAAGAAAACCAAGUCCAAGCUCUACAAACCUCUCUCAAAAAUGCAGGAAGACAAAUUCACAGAUUGGCGAUCAGUGAAGAGAAAUCUGGCGACCGCGAAGAUGAGUACUUUCGUCGUUGUCGUCACCUUACUGAAUGUGUAUCCCAUUGUCUUAUGCGGGCUGAAGAAGCUGAACGGAGGAUUAAAAUGCUACAAAACAGAAAGGAUAAUUUAGAAGGAGAAAAAAAGACUUAUGAGAAAAAUUUGGCCAUGAUGAGACGAGAAUUGGAUGAGACACUAAACAACCUAGACCAUUUGUAGAAUUAAUUUAGCAAUUCAGUUUUUUCUUUUAAUGUAUUUAUAUAUAACUUAGUCUCUUUAACCCAGGCUUUAAAAAUGGCAUAUUUAAAAGAAAAAAAGGAUUGCCAUUUAUUUGACUUUUAUUUGAAUUUUAAAACAGUAAGUCUGGAAAUAUUCAUUUACUGUUUAUGGACGAAGUUUGGCGAAAAGUAUAGUCGGUUGUGCAUGUCACGCAAAAAAAAAAAAAACAA